AUGUCAGAUGGCCAGGCUACUGGAAAAACAAAGAUCAUUCAUCAUGAGUUUUUCUUCCCAGGCCUCUUCCUAGUACUGAGGACAUUGGCACAAGCAGGAUAUCAUGAUAAGCCUUCACUCUCUGCCUGGCCAAGCCAUAUUGUUCCUUUGGGACAGCAUGUGGAAUUUGAAUGUUACCAUCAUAAUGACUAUUACAUAUUCAAGUUGUACAAAGAACAUGGUAAUCCUAUUCCUCAGAUCCAUGAAAGAAUAUUCCAGAGGAAACUUGUCUUGGGUCCUGUGACACCAGCAUAUGCAGGAACAUACAGAUGCUAUGGUCUUAAUUAUCAAUCCCCUGAUGAAACUUCAGCACACAGUGACCCUCUGAAGAUUAUAAUUUCAGGAAUCUACAGGAAGCCUUUCCUCUUGGCCUUACGAAAUCCCCUGGUGAAUUUAGGAGAGAAGGUGACACUGGAGUGUCAUUCAGAGAUUAUGUUUGAAUUUUUCACUUUGACUUUUCACACAAAAGGAAUAAUCAAGGACUCUUUGCAGCUUUCUGCUGAAGAUCAUCUUGGGAGGUCCCAGGCCAAGUUCAAAAUAGGUCCUAUGACACCUGAUCAUGCUGGGAAUUACACAUGUUAUGGUUCUUACAAUCACACAACGUAUGAGUGGUCUGAAUCCAGUGACCCCAUUCACAUAAAGAUCACAGGUUUGUACAAGAAACCUUCUCUGUCAGCCCUGAUGAGCCGUGUGGUGAUGUCAGGAGAGAAUGUGACCUUGUCCUGCAUCUCUGACCAUCUGUUUGACAUGUUCCAUCUGUCCAGAGAAGGGGUGCCUCAGGGGCAUGGGCUGCCUGCAGUGCAGAGCCACAGUGGGACAUUCCAGGCCAACUUCCUUCUUGGUCCUGUAAUCCAGACAGGGAACUAUAGAUGCUAUGGCUCUUUCAGUAACUCUUCCCAUGUGUGGUCAUCCCCAAGUGACCCAUGGUACUUUCCUGUCACAGUUCCAUCUUGGCUCAGUAGCAUUAUCAUCAUCAUCUCCGCUCUUUGA